AUGGGGUCUUUUGAAGAGUUUUUGCUUGCGGCUGUGGAAAAGGCUCCUUUCCUUAUUGGUGAAACCACAGCAUCAUCAUCGCUACAGGAGAAGAGAAAAAGGUCUCGAGAUGUUGAAGAGGUGAAGAGUACUACUACUACUACUACUACUACUACUAGUAGCAGUAGUAGUACUGAAAAGAAAAAACAAGACCAUGACGAAGAUAUUGUUCGACUGCAACGAAUACUGGUGGAUGGUCCACUACAGCCACUGGGUGCAGAACACGGGCUUUAUCACAUCCUUCUUCCCACAUUUCUCGCCACAAUGGGGGCGGCACGGGAUGUGUGGCGUGCAAAGCAGGCACUGCAGACGGCAAAGGAGAAACGGUCUGAGACGAACGAAACAGUGGGCACCAGCCAGACGGUUUCGGCCCCCAGUGCUGUUUCAUCUGCGAACGAGAACGAGGAACAACCGUUAGAUGAGGCAGCCUUGCAGCGGGCUGUUGUAGCUGCCCAGAAGGCGUUGAGUGUACAGCAGCAUGCGCUAGAUGCUGCAAAAACUAAGGUGUGUGUACUACUAGAGGCUGUUUCACAGCAUAGUGGUUCGACGACAUAA